UCCUGGUAGUGUGGGCACUUGUCCUCCUGGCCGACUUUGUCCUGGAGUUCCGAUUUGAAUACCUGUGGCCAUUUUGGCUUUUCAUCAGAAGCGUCUAUGAUUCCUUCAGAUACCAGGGACUGCUACACCUUACAGCUAACUCUCCAGUCCAGGCCUGGCGCUUUGGUCAGAGCAAACCCAUGCUUCCAAAAGAUGGCUUCAAGCUUAUGUCUUAUUGGUAAUGAAUAGUGGUGUCCAGAGGAAGGCAGCAUUAUUAAUAUUACCACCAGCAUAUUUCUUGCCAAUAUUUUGGUUCAUCUGCAUUCCAGCAAGCUUUAAGAAUGAAGCUCUUAGGAAUGGUUUAUGAGGAAACAGGAAGCUUUUCAGUGUUAAAGUUGUUGUUCAUUCAGGCCUUCUCAGUAUUUUUUGUUUGUGUAGCAUUCACUUCAAAUAUCAUAUGUCUCCUCUUCAUUCCCAUACAAUGGCUUUUUUUUGCUGCUAGCACAUAUGUAUGGGUCCAGUACGUAUGGCACACAGAACGGGGAGUGUGUUUGCCUACAGUGUCCCUCUGGAUACUCUUUGUUUAUAUUGAAGCCGCAAUUAGAUUUAAAGAUCUGAAAAAUUUUCAUGUAGACCUUUGUCGGCCAUUUGCUGCUCACUGUAUUGGGUACCCUGUGGUGACUUUGGGCUUUGGCUUCAAAAGUUAUGUGAGCUACAAAAUGCGGUUAAGAAAGCAGAAGGAGGUUCAGAAGGAGAACGAGUUUUACAUGCAGCUUCUUCAGCAGGCCCUCCCUCCAGAGCAGCAGAUGUUGCAGAAGCAGGAGAAGGAGGCCGAGGAAGCAGCCAAAGGAUUGCCGGACAUGGACUCCUCGAUCCUUAUACACCACAACGGAGGCAUCCCAGCCAACAAAAAACUUUCCACAGCGUUGCCAGAGAUAGAAUAUCGAGAAAAGGGGAAAGAGAAGGACAAGGAUGCCAAGAAACACAACCUCGGAAUAAAUAACAACAACAUUCUACAGCCUGUAGACUCUAAGAUACAAGAGAUUGAGUAUAUGGAAAACCAUAUCAAUAGUAAAAGAUUAAACAAUGAUCUUGUGGGAAGUACAGAAAAUCUCUUAAAAGAGGACUCAUGCACUGCUUCCUCAAAAAAUUACAAAAAUGCCAGUGGAGUUGUGAACUCCUCGCCUCGAAGUCACAGCGCUACAAAUGGAAGCAUUCCUUCCUCGUCCAGUAAAAACGAGAAGAAGCAGAGGUGCACCAGCAAGGGCCCGAGUGCACACAAGGACUUAAUGGAGAACUGUAUUCCUAACAACCAGCUCAGCAAACCCGACGCUCUGGUAAGGCUGGAACAAGAUAUUAAAAAGCUAAAGGCUGACCUGCAAGCCAGCCGGCAAGUGGAGCAAGAGCUGCGCAGUCAGAUCAGCUCCCUCUCAAGCACAGAGCGAGGGAUCCGCUCAGAAAUGGGCCAGCUCCGGCAGGAGAACGAGCUGCUGCAGAACAAGCUACACAAUGCUGUGCAAAUGAAGCAAAAAGACAAACAGAACAUCAGCCAGCUGGAGAAGAGGCUGAAAGCUGAGCAGGAGGCCCGAGGCUUUGUAGAAAAGCAGCUCAUGGAGGAGAAAAAAAGGAAGAAGCUAGAAGAAGCCACGGCUGCACGGGCUGUUGCCUUUGCUGCUGCAUCUAGGGGAGAGUGCACCGAAACCUUACGGAGUCGGAUCAGAGAGCUAGAAGCUGAGGGCAAGAAGCUCACAAUGGACCUGAAGGUGAAGGAGGAGCAGAUCAGGGAACUGGAGCUGAAGGUGCAGGAGCUUCGGAAGUACAAAGAAAACGAGAAGGACACUGAGGUGUUGAUGUCAGCCCUCUCUGCCAUGCAAGACAAAACGCAACACCUAGAGAACAGCCUCAGUGCAGAGACGAGGAUCAAGCUGGACCUGUUCUCUGCACUCGGUGAUGCAAAGCGGCAGCUCGAGAUUGCCCAGGGGCAAAUCCUUCAGAAAGACCAGGAAAUCAAGGACCUAAAACAGAAGAUAGCUGAAGUCAUGGCCGUCAUGCCCAGCAUAACAUACAGUGCCGCCACCAGUCCCCUGAGCCCUGUGUCCCCCCACUACUCUUCCAAGUUUGUGGAGACCAGCCCCUCUGGACUUGAUCCUAAUGCCUCUGUCUAUCAGCCCCUGAAGAAAUGAAGGCCAACUGUGUGUUUGCCCAACAUUUGGAACCAGAAGGCUUCGAAAAGCAGCGUCUCUGGCAGUCAAGAUAAAAAAGUUGAUAUUGUGUUUUGUGGGACUGUAUAUGUUGUCAUUUUUAAAGGGGGGAAAUAACAUCCAAGUCUGAUUAGAACCGCCCAUCAGUUGUUCUUGGAAGUUUUUAGAAGACCUCACAGGACUUUGCAGUUUAUUUUUCUUGGCCAACACAUUAAAACCAUUCUUGGAUUUCAAGUAGCCAAUUUUGCCUUUUUAUGUAUUUUUACAUAGUUUCCUCUUGAAGAAAAAAAAAGCAGAGUUUUUUUUGCUUUUCAACCCUAUUUUGUUCUUAAAUAAGCAAGAAAAUUGCACGUUGUAUUCACGGACGACAACAAAGGCGUAGUUUCUAGUGCGAGAGGGCGGAGUAGCCCAGCAGCUCUGGUUCCAUAGCUGCAUUAAAGAUGAUUGUCUCCAUUACAGAAAAAAGAGCGAUUGCCCCUCCAAGAACCAGACAGAUUGAGAGAAUGUCACUUAAGCUGAGAGAGACUUAAGGGUGAGGCUGGCUUGCAGGCGUGUGGCCGUGUGUUUGGAGUAUUGACAUUCCCAUUGCUGUUAGCUCCAGAGCACACCCAGGGCAGUCUUUGCAUUACCGUGAGAAAAGAUGUUGCAAGAGGAAGCUUGAUCAUUGUCAACUCUGUCCCCUCCCCCCUGUCAUCUGUCUUCUAUUUGUCCCGGUCACUGCUGAGCCUUUGCUCAGCUGGUUGGUGGCUCGGCUGCUGGUCACCACGCCACCACUUGGGUUUUCCAUGGGAAGCACACAGGGUUCUGCGCUUGCCGCCAGUCAGGCACCUUAGGUGGCAGCCUGGUGGGUGUGAGAGAGGCCAAACGAUGGCUGAUGGAAGCCGUGGUCUAGGAGUGGCCCCCACGUGCCAUUUGCUGCUUUCUUCGCCCUCCUCAUCUCGUGUCCGAUGGUUUACAGAUGCCUGACAGUUCCUCAGCUCUUGUGCCAAGGAGGAGUGGUUGUUGGUUUUUUUUUGUUUGUUUGUUUGUUUGUUUUGAAGAUUUAAACUCUGCGCAAAGAUACCGGUUCAACUGUAUUAUACGUUGGUAGAAAGUGUCUGCACAGACCUUUGAAAGUGUGUUAAGAAUCAGGGAGUGGGAGGGCAGGGGAGAGGAGGGGCAAAGCAGAGUUGUGUUUUGAAAGCUGGGGAUAUUAAACCAAAUCGAUUGGCUUGGCUUCCAUACUGUGUGUUCUGGAAGGUCAUGGCUCUAAAAUUUCCUGUUGAUUGGCAUGUAUAUCUCAUUUAAAGCAAAUUAGGUAGGACAAACCAGUCAGUACAAUUAGAAGUGUUACAGUCAUCCCUUUAAUCACAGAGCUUAUUUUGGAGUAAGCGACUUCUAGCUUAGCCAGGUGUGCGUGCCAGGUGUGCGUGCCAGGUGUGCGUGCAUGUUGCUGCCGUUUGCACUUUUGAGUCAUCUUGUGUAAAUGUCACCAUGAAAGUGUUACUCAGAAUUGUCAGAGGGUUUUUUUCUCCAUCUUUGUGCUAAAACAUGGAAAAUUGUCACUAUGUUGAUGAGGUUUCCCCCAUUCUGCUGCCUUUGGGACACUGUUUUCGUUAAACUUGGUCUUGGCUGCAUUCUUUUUUUUCCCCUGUGGGGUUCAAAAGAAUAAACAUUUUCUUACUGAUGAAA